AUUGUUGAAAAUCCAUUUCACCAAACAGAAGCCAAAAAAGCUAAGCCAAACGAUCAUCAUGUUCAAAAUCCUGUGCAUCUGUGCUCUUUUCGUUGCCGCCCAAGCUGGAUAUGCUCCAGCUGCCAGAAAGGGUAGCUACAAUGCUGGCUAUGCCGCCCAACAACAACCCCGUGUAACCUUCACCGUUGCCCAUCAAAGAGGUGGUUAUGGCAACAACGCCGGUUAUGGCAGCAACGCCGGCUAUGGCAGCCACGGUGGUUAUGGCAGCAACCAAGGUUCCUCUGCCUCCUCCGCCGCCUCCCUUGCCGGUUUGGUUCAAACUCCAACCUCUGCCCUCGAUGCUGAAGUCUUGCGUUUGGCCGCCAGAGCUUUGGCUUUGCCCAGUCCCGGUGCUCCUCUGCCCAGCCAAGUUAAUGUACCUGUCUUCCACAGCACUGCUUACACUUUCCCCGCUGUUGCUACUGUCCAAGGUGUUCCAGAAGGUGCUCAUGGCUCUUCUGCUGCUGCCGCUGCCAGUAAUGUUAACAAGAACCACGCCAAAACCUACGGUCAUUUGGCUGGUCAAGGCAGCAACAACGGCUACGGUUCGUCCUACGGCAACAAUGCCGCCUAUGGUUCAUCUUAUUAAACUGUGAUGGCUAAACAGCGACAAGAGAUUCCUUAACUUUCAUUCGUUUUUGCAACGAAAGUUCAAUAAAACUUUGGUGAAGAAAAGAUUUUUACAAAGAAAA